UAGAAUCACUAGAACAUUUGGUUGAACAGUUUAAAAAAAAAGAAACUGAAGAAACUGUUACACUAGAAAAGAUGAUCCAACAAGUAGAAUUAAAUCUUGAAAAUAGCACAAAACGGGCCAUCACUGCAGAAGCCACAGUCACAAAAUUGAAACAAGAACUUAAAACAGCUCAAACCCUGAUGAAGAGUCUACAGGAAGAGAAUGGCAUAUUACAGCUUAAGCUAGCAGAAGUAAGUAAUCAAGAUGAUGUCCACAUCAGAGCUCAAGAUGUGGCUGUCCAGCUUCGUUCUGCUGCAGACGGGGCAGAACGAUCUUUAAAGUGUUUGUUAGAAGGAGUGGAUAAUCUACGAAUGAUAUCAUCAUAUGUAGCAAACAUUGGAAGACUUCAAGAAGAUCCUAGCUGAUGUCAUGAAGUAGAAUUUAAUUAGAAGUAAUUUUCACCGUCAUCAUUUGUAAAAUGACAUAUUUUACUGUUGAUGAUUAUCAGAAUAACAAAUUUCUAGAAUAUAUUUUGUAUUUAUAAAGUAAUGUUUCCUAAUUGAGUAGUUCCCCAGUGGGUCACUGGUAAAUUUAAGGACUUAAAACACUAAAAUUUGGGGUUCAGAGAACAUAUAUAGCUCAUUGUGUAGCUUUACACUGAAACAAACUACUUAUCUACCUACUUCAUUAGCAAUUAGGGUCAAAUCUCACCGAAAGGUGGCGUUGCUCAAUAUGUUUACAACACGGAAAGGUUUGUUUGCAUGAAGUUAAGCACAAAGCAACACAAUGGGCCAUCUGUGCUCUGCCCACCAUAUCGAAGCCCGGAUUCUAGCGUUGUAAGUCCGCAGACAUACCGCUGUGCCACUGGGGGGGCCAUGGAAAGGAAAUAAAAAGAAAUUACAAAGUACAUAUAUUUGGGUAAAUUCACAAAAUUUGCAUAAAUAUAACAUCAUAAUUUAUAUAGAUGCCAGUGUGUUAAGUAACAGGCACUGAGCUACAUUUAAUUUCAUUAUCAACUGGGAGAAAGUACGACCGAAGUGAGUUAAGAUUCAAGAAAUUUCAAGUCUGUGAUUAUUUAAAUUUUCAUGUUCAUUGAUUGAUUAAUUAGUAGUUUGCGUAAACUUGUUUAUAUCUGUUUCAAUAAUAAUUAUAUAUAUGUAUGUAUUAGUGAAUCAUAUUUUUGAAAUGCCUAAUAAAGGUAAUAUUUCAGUUAAAGAAGACAGAUGUAUAUUGUACUGAACAAUAUAUAGUUUAUUGUAACUUUGUCACAUAUAUUAAAUCAGUAAGGAAAGUUUAUGAUGCUCCUCUUAAAAAAACAGUAUUCUUUGACAGUGAGAUUAGUGUUUGUUUGUUUUUUGUUGUUUUGUCUUCUUUUUUUUUUUUAAUUGGUUAAAUUUCGAGGCGAUAAAUGCCUUCGAAAACAAGUUACUAUUUUAAAAUGCUGUUUUCUUAAUUGCUCGAUAGAUGGCAUCGUUACAUGGUAAACGUCUAAAGUAGACUCAUCUAAUGGCCUUCGUUCAAACAGGGUAUUGGCAUGCAAGUUCAAAUGUAACUGCGUUAUUUAACUGUUGCUAGUAAUAAAUUUAUAUUUUAUCAUUGC